AUGGACCACGAUUUUGCGCCACCUCCUCCAGAGAUGCAGCCGCGCAGAGCUUCAGGCUCCAGAACUUCUUUCUCUCGAAGCCACAUGCUGGGGCGCCAUACCCACCAAAAGCUCACUGGAGACGUGUCCCCUCUCAUCCCUGCCAUCAAGAAGACUGUCCAUUUGGAUGCCUUCCCCCAAAGCGGUGUCCUACAGACUGCCAGCCAGCCAAGCUUUAGAUCCAGGGCCUGGAGUAUGUCCCAACGGGGCACCCUAGGGCCCCUAAACUCCCUGCCUCCCAAUAGUUUUAUGCCCAGGAAACUCAGCUCUAUUUCUUUAACGAUUCGCCAGAACGUCCCCACACGGCCCCUGGAUGCCCCACUUUCUCAUUGGGAAGAGUUGCCCAAUUUGGGCAAGGAGGCUGUCACCCAAGGAGAAGGGAGGCUGUUCACUUCAAGAUCACCACCCAUGGCUCAAAUGUCAGAGGUCAGGACCUCCUCUGAAGGCCAUGGGAACCCAGAUCUUACCAAAUCCAACAGGACACCCUCAGGGGAUAAGCCACUGGUGUCUUCAUGUCUGGCUUUACCUUUCCAAUCUCAGUUUACUCAGAGUUCAGGCCCUGUGGGUCAAGUCCAAACCAGAACCUCUCCAGGAAGAGGCAAAUCCAAGCCCAGGAGUAUUCCCAGAUCCCGAGCGUACCUCCAAAGGGUUGCUACUCCUACAAAUUUGUCUGCUGUGGGCACAAAACUAGAUAUAGCCAGAAAUUUAGGCACCAUGGCCAUCAACAGACCUGAGCUGGCUAUGAAUAUGUCCACACCAAACCCGCCUAGAAUGGUCAGAGACACUGAGCUUCCUAUUCUGGGUGCCAAGAUGGGCAUGACCAUUGACUUACCUAUAGCAUCCAAGGCAGGAAAAGCCACAGAUUCGGUGAUAACAGGCCCAGCCAAACUAGGCACAGCCAUGAAUUUAGCUGGAGCAGAGACAACCAAGCCAAGCCAAGUUCUGAAGCUGGUGACUGCAGACUCCGACAAGCUGGAAAAUGUCAUGGUUGGGACGGCGGCGGCGGCGGGCAAGACCAUGGCUUUGGAAAUACCAGAUCAGGUUGAUUUGAGCAUGACCAGGAUGGACACAGCCACGGCUUUGGCUGGAGCCGAUCUAGCCGAGCUGGAUACAACUACAGAUUCUUCUGUGCUGGACACAAGCGGACUGGGUAUAGCCAUGAAUUCAGUUGUGCUGGUCUAUCCACUGCCAGCCGCUGGUGAGACCAAUCACCUGACCAUCUCAGACGCGGCAAGCUGUUUUCUAAUGCCAAGCAGAAGCACAGACCCAGGCCAGGACCAUGCCACUGUGGAUGCUGCCACAGACAGUGCCACCAAACCUACCUCGCUGAAGCUGGCCAGAGAACCCAAAGGGCUCCCAGAGGCCAGGACGGACGCAGCUAUGUCAGAGCUGGUACCUGAGCCCAGGCCUAAGCCGGCGGUGCCCAUGAAGCCGGUCGGCAUCAACUCUAACCUGCUAGGCUACAUCGGCAUCGACACCAUCAUCGAACAGAUGCGCAAGAAAACCAUGAAGACUGGUUUUGACUUCAACAUCAUGGUCGUUGGCCAGAGUGGACUGGGCAAGUCAACGCUGGUCAACACACUCUUCAAGUCCCAAGUGAGCCGAAAGGCCUCCAGCUGGAACCGGGAGGAGAAGAUCCCUAAAACUGUAGAGAUCAAAGCGAUCGGGCAUGUGAUAGAAGAAGGUGGUGUCAAAAUGAAGCUGACAGUCAUCGACACACCAGGCUUCGGGGACCAGAUCAACAAUGAAAACUGCUGGGAGCCCAUUGAGAAAUACAUCAAUGAGCAGUAUGAGAAGUUCCUGAAGGAAGAGGUGAACAUCGCCAGGAAGAAGCGCAUCCCCGACACCCGCGUCCACUGCUGCCUCUAUUUCAUCUCCCCCACAGGACACUCCUUACGACCUCUUGAUCUUGAGUUCAUGAAACAUCUCAGCAAAGUGGUGAACAUCAUCCCUGUCAUUGCCAAGGCUGACACCAUGACCCUGGAGGAGAAGUCUGAAUUCAAGCAGAGGGUUCGCAAAGAGCUUGAAGUAAACGGCAUCGAGUUCUACCCUCAGAAGGAGUUUGAUGAGGAUUUGGAGGACAAGACGGAGAAUGACAAGAUCAGGCAGGAGAGCAUGCCCUUCGCUGUGGUGGGAAGUGACAAGGAGUACCAAGUGAACGGCAAGAGGGUCCUGGGCAGAAAAACACCCUGGGGGAUCAUCGAAGUGGAAAACCUCAACCACUGUGAGUUUGCCCUGCUUCGAGACUUCGUCAUCAGGACUCACCUCCAGGACCUCAAAGAAGUAACCCACAACAUCCACUAUGAGACUUACAGGGCCAAGAGGCUCAAUGACAAUGGAGGCCUCCCUCCGGGAGAAGGCCUCCUGGGCACUGUUCUUCCACCUGUACCAGCUGCCCCCUGCCCCACUGCUGAAUGAAGGCCAUUCCAAGCGCCGCUUCUCCCUCAUUCCUUCCGGCUGCCAUGGCUGCAGGGCCAGGUCCCUUUUUAAUGCUGUGCUGGUCCAGCCCACCGCCACAGCCCCGCUCAGACCCUCAGCAGGUGGGAGGGGCCAGCUGCCUCUGUAGGAUAGUAGCUUCCUCCAUGUAGCCAAACCACUCCUCUCCUCCUAAUGGAAUGGAGUUCCUGCCAGCCAGCCUUGCCCUGCUCCAUCGUCUGUCAGCGGCCCCCCCCCCCCCCCCCCCGCCCAUGCGCAGAGAGAAGGAACUCACCGAGAGCUUCUCCUGCCCUUGCAAGCCCAUGCCAGCGACUUGUAACCAUCUUUAAGGGAACCGGGAUUGCUCCCUAGCCAUUCAUCUGCAUGAGUACUCUUCUUGGCUCCCUCAAACGGUCAAGAAAGCAAUUUUUUUCUGCUUGUCAAAGUCAUCUGUGUGAGCCCUCCUGUGGGACAAGGGUGUCUCCUUCAUUGCUUAAAGGUAUUUAUAAGGGUGAUUCAUUACAGAUGUCGGGGAGCAAGAGAGCUAGCCUCACUUAAAAAAACAACAACACACCACCACUGGUGGCUGGCCCAGUGUGUGUAUGUAUGUGUGUGUGUGUGUAUGUGUAGAGAAUCUGUUUACCCCCCAAACCAGCCAUUUGGGAAGUGGUUUUCCUGGAAAGAUGUUGCUGGGUUUGACUUCCUUAUCCCCAAACUUAAAAAAAAAAAAAGUGAAUUAAACACACACACACACACAAACCACCCCAAACCUACAAGCUAUACACUCUAGGAAGAAAAAUAGCACCCCUUUGUACAUUUAGCAAUAAGAGGGAUCUCUUCCCACCUGCCCUGACCAUUCCUACUCCCAUUCCCCACCCUAUUAAUGUGAGCAAUGCACUAGCCUGACCACAGGUGGUCGCUCUAGGCUAAUGGGAAAUACUCCACGGAGGGCCGAGCCCUCAUCAGAUGCAUGAACGUUUGCGAAUGUUGGCUGCCACUGCCCCCCCCCCCCAUACACUGUGUCUUUAUGGAACCCUGCCUUGGCCGCCUCACCUGCCAUCGCCACCCGGAUACAACUUGCUCAAAGGCUGGUGACUUGUGGGCCAUUCAUCUACAAGUCCUGUUGGAACAAGAGGCCCGAGCCUAGAGGAUGCAGGAAUGACCCGUUUUUUAAAAUGCUAUUGGUCCCCAGCCACUGUUUUGGUGAUAUUCCAAGUUUAAUUUCCCAGUUGAAAACAAGCCAACAGACACUCAGACUGGUCAUGUAAAUGUUGCUAGCCUUUGUGUUGUACAACUAAACCUUGCUGUUUGAACAAUAA